UCACCGGAAUCAAAGAAAUUUCAAUGUUUGAGAUGGGGGACGUCCAUUAUAGUAAUCCUUCUUUAUCUGGCAUUUCUUACAUAUCUAAUUGUUAACGAUAAACCGUCGAUACAAAUAUCUUAUGAAUAUUUGGACAGACUCAGCAUUCCUGAUAUUGAACUCUGUGGUGAUUACAGUGAUAUCGAAAUAUCUAAAUGCGUUUUCCAUUGGAAUAAUAACGAAAACUCUACUGACGGCUGUAGCUCGGAAAGCAGAAUAUUUGAAUCUGAAAAAGUCACGCUAUUAAAUAAGGACGGGGAGGAGAUUCGGUAUUGCUAUACUCUUCGGACUAAUAGUAGUUAUUUUUUCAGCGAUCCAGGAAAUCCCUCCGAAGGGUUGUCAACAAGAGGCAUUGACUUUUAUUUCAAAAUCCUUAACAUUUCCUCUGUUGUUGAACAUUUUUUGUCCGUGGGAACUAUUACAGGCAGAAUAUUAGAUAAAGAAUACAAGAAUUUAUUAUCAACAAAUCCAGUAAAAAAACGAUUUGAUCAACAAAUGAAUACGUUCGCGGGCAUCCAAAAUGUGUCAACUAUGGUAUUCUUUAAGAAAACCACAUUGUCCACUUUACCUGACGAUGUCUCCACAAUUCUCGGCCUACCUUCUAAUUACCAUAAUACACCUUUCUUUACUACUGUGUCGAAAUACUUUCAAAUGCAUCCAAACGAAAGCUUCCCCUUUACAGGUCACUUUCAUAUUACUCCGGGAAGUUUCCUCCACGAGGUGCAAUCUGAAAAGCGUUCAUAUACGGUUCUUGGUACUCUGGUAGUGGCUGGUGGUAUUUUUGGAUUGAUUGGUGGUAUUUAUAUGUUAUUCUUUGGACAACCAAGAAUGAACCCUUGUGUUGAAUAUUCGGAAAUAGCACACGAAGCAGACUUCAAUAACCUUCCAUUCGUCUCAACAACUAAACAUGACAAAGAACAAAUUCCUACUGUAGAAAGUAGGAUUCUAAAAUUAGAAGAAAUAGUGGGAGAAUAUGUGACUAAAACAUCUGCUCUGCAAGAGCAGAUGAGACUUCAAACGGAUACAAAUGCAGAUAUUUAA